ACUUCCUUCACUCAGCCAGAUCGCACAGCUCCAUUCGUGUUGACUGUCCAGAGUCCACGAAUACGGCUCAGCUUGUUUCCGCCCUCACCCCCAAUCCAAGUGACCACCUUACCAGGCAAGCAGCACAUCUGCAAGUCAGCCACAUUCCAACCAGCCUCUCCUCUCCUGCUCCUGCUCAGACAUGUCGCUCCAUAGCUUUGGGCUCGAGCCUCUCUCCUGCCACGCCUGGAACAAAGACAGAACCCAAAUUGCUGUGAGUCCCAACAACAAUGUGGUGAACAUCUAUGAGAAGAAAGACAAAGACUGGGUUAAGAUCCAUGAGCUGACUGAGCACAGUGGACGUAUCACAGGUAUUGAUUGGGCGCCGGUGUCCAACCGUAUUGUGACCUGUGCCUCUGAUCGUAACGCCUAUGUGUGGACUCAGAAAGAUGGCAUGUGGAAGCCCACCCUGGUCCUGGUGCGCAUCAACCGUGCAGCCACCUGUGUGAAAUGGUCCCCUCUGGAGAACAAGUUUGCUCUGGGCAGCGGAGCUCGGCUCAUCUCUGUCUGCUACUUUGAGAAAGAGAAUGACUGGUGGCUGAGCAAGCACAUUAAGAAGUCCAUCCGUUCCACAGUUCUGAGUCUGGACUGGCAUCCCAACAACAUCCUGUUGGCAGCUGGAUCUGCAGAUCUCCACUGCAGGAUUUUCUCAACCUACAUCAAGGACAUCGAGGACAGGCCUGGCCCCACAGCCUGGGGGGCCAAGAUGCCUUUUGGGGAGUUGUUGCUGGAGCAUAAGGACUGUGGUGGGUGGGUGCACAGUGUGUCCUUCUCCCCUAGUGGGGACCAGUUGGCCUGGGUGGCCCACAACAGCAGCAUCACUGUGACUGAUGCAGCACAGGGGAAAGAGGUGACCCAGCUGACCACGGACUUUCUGCCACUGCUGAGUGUCCUUUUUGUCAACCCUACUGAGAUUGUUGCUGCGGGCCAUGGUUGUUGCCCCUACCAGUUCUCCUACAAAGGUCCAAAUGCCCUGGAGUUUGUGAAGAAGCUGGAUAUUCCGAAGCAGACGUCCAAGGGCAGUUUGUCGGCAAUGCAGCACUUCCGCAACCUGGACAAAAAGGCCACUGACGAGGAUGACAACGAGUUAGGAACUCUUCAUCAGAACAGCAUCAUGCAGCUGUGUGUUGUAUCAGGGGAGAAAGCCAAAGUGGAGAAGUACAGCAGUGUAGGUCUGGAUGGAGCCAUGGUAAUCUGGAAUUUUAAGCACUGAAUCAACUCAGCUGUCCUCAUUUCUGAAGCAUCUGCAGAAGCAAAGGCGUUCUGUCCUAUAAACACACCAUCUGCUUGUUCUUUGGUUUCGCUAAGAACAGGAAAACGCUCUUAUCACUGGGACAGCUGUGAUUUUAUUUGGAAUUAGAGACCACUAAAUAAAGCUUUCUUCUUGUUUUAAA